CUAGUCGGAGUAGAGUUAAACUCUCUCUAUAAUAGACACGUUUUAAAAUCGUGAGGCUGACAACGAUACAUAACCGAUCAAAACGAACAAUAUCUGCUAGCAGUGAACUUGAGUAGUUAUACACCAUCUACAUACCAAUUAUGGUGCUCACAUGUAGUCAAGUGCCAAGUGGAUAGUUAAUGAAAGUAUCUAUCAACGUCUAAGUAGUAAAUCCACCUCAAAAUGCGUGUUCAAGUUCUCUCCUUUGACUUUUCAAACUUCUAAGGAUGAACCCUAGUUAAGGUGUUCGAGUGCUCACCUAUUUGACUUUUCAUAGCAAUUAUAUGCUCUUACGGGAUGGAGCCCUAGCGAAGGGUGUUCGAGUGCUCUCCUAUUUGACUUUUCGGAGUAGUUAUAUGCUCUCGAGGGAUGGAGCCCUAGUCAACGAUUGCGCAUUUCUUUUUAAUUAAGAAAAAAAUUAUUUGAAACAUAAUAUUUUGUGUAUUAUUUAUAUAUAUAUAAUUAAAUUCACUUAAAAUCAUUAAUUACUGUAAAUAAUCCAAAUUAUACCACUAAACGUGGGCUAUAUAUAUGCUUAAACCCACUUCCACCCUUUUAAAACUCCAACUAAACGCCCAAAAAUAGUAUAUAUUUACCGAUUUACGGCGAUUUUUUUUUUUUUUUUUUGAAUCGGUGGUUGUUCCCCGCAUCAUUCUCAAAGCGGCGGAGCAGAUUCUUCUCGUCCGAUGGACGACAGCUGCGUACAGUGGUCCGAUCUCCCUCCUGAACUUUGGACGGUCAUCGGAAAAUACCUUGAUACCUAUAUCGAUGUCCUCAGAUGUCGCGGCGUCUGCCGAUCACUGCGUGCUUCGUUUCCUCCGUUCAACGACGUUUCUCCUGCUCUACCUCUCCACGUUCCUUCUCCUUGCAAUGACGACGCUGAUUAUCCAAUCAGAUACAGUAUACUCACUCGAAAGAUAAUCUAUCGCCUCAGUCCCCUCGAUUUCCAUCAAAAUAACGCGGUUUCUUCAUCUGCGGCGGCGAAGAGAUGGUUUGCCGUGGUGGAGACUACACAGAAAGGUAAACAGAAACAUAUGGUGGAGUGCGGCGGCGAGGUUUACGUGGUGGAUCGAUUCGAUGAUGUGAGUGACACUGAGACUGGUUCCAGUGAGAGCGAGAGUGGGAGUGAGAGUGAGGAAGAAGAAGAAGAAGAAGAAGAAGAAGAAGAAGAUGAAGAUGAAGAUGAAGAAGAGGAAGAGGUUGAAAUCAAAGUGUAUAAAGUGGAUUUGAAUGAUGACUACCUAAGAAGAAGAUUGGAGGAGGUGGAGAAUUUAGGGAAUGAAGCGUUGUUCUUGAGGAAGAGGGAGAGCAGUUUCUCUGUUCCGGCAACAGAUUUGGAAGGAAUUCAAGGGAAUUGCAUAUAUUAUGCUCGAAGAUCAAUGAUGAUGAAGAAAGGAUUCUGAAUUCUGCAAAUCAUCCAUCCAAGAACUCAAUAGGUUUGUCCCUCACUCACUACUUUUUUUUCUUCUUCUUCGUAUUAGGGUUUAGGGGAGAAUCAAUUUUGAUUUUGAAAUUUACAAUUUGGUUGUGUUCAACAUUCAAUCUCAAAAUUCAUGCUCGUUUUUGUUUGUAAGUUUCAACAA